UUAUACAAACAGUAAUGGGAAAAUUAAAAACUUCCAAUGAGUAUAUUUAAAUAUGUUGAGUAAUAUCUAAAAGCAACUAUAAACUAAACUAUAAACAAACAUAUGUUAUAAAAUUAAAAUUAAAGACUUAUUUGUUGAAGAUUUCGAGAAAGUUUCUGGAGAUAAAACGAAAUUAAAGUUAUUUUCUGGAGAUAGAAUGAAAUUAAAGUUAUUUUCUGGAGAUAAAAUGAAAUUAAAGUUGAAAAUUUUCAUAUUUUCAGUUUUUGCUAUGCACCUUACAAAUGGUUUAACAUUUAGUGUUGAGCCAAAUUUAUCAUACAUAAAAACUGGAGCGUCAUUUAAUUUGACCUGUGUAACUGAACAAAGUGCCACUUGGAUGUUUAAUGGAAAUAUAUUUUAUCCUGAAUUGAAUACCAGUUAUUUCUUCAAAAAUAAUACAUCAGUAAAUGACUCUGGAUCAUAUAGCUGCUCAGAUGGUAAUUAUUCUGUAACAAUCAACAUCACUGUAUUAGAAGCAUUACCAAAGCCUCUCUUGAUUCUUAAUAAUAAAUCUGUUUGGUCAGGUUCCAGUAUUUCUGGUAUUUGUAAUGUUUUACUGAAUUCUAACAUUUCUUAUAAUUUUUUUCACAAUAAUGAAACUGUGCACAAUGCAAGUAGUCUUAACGAGUUUAAUUUGUCAAACUUAACAUCCGAAAGGUCUGGAUAUUACUCAUGUUCUGUGUCAAUAAAUGGAUUCGAACCAACAUUUUCUGAUCCCGUAAACCUUAUAGUACAAAUAUUAGUUACUGUUCAAAAUCAAACAUAUCAAGAAAAUGUUGAUGCUAAUAUGACAUGUGUUACUCCUAGUUCUGAGAAGAUUUCAAAUUAUAACUGGUUUUUUGAAAACAAACUUCGUUAUUCAAGUAAUACAUCCAAUACUUUAACAAUUAAAAAUCUAUCUAGAACUGAUGCUGGCAAUUAUCUAUGUCAAAUAAUAACAGCUGGAGGUGUGACUGCUAAUAGUACUGGAAACUUAGAUGUGCAAUAUCAAGACACUCCAGCUUUCACAAAUCUAGAUCCUAAUCCUGUUGAAGGCACAAAUGUUACAUUCAACUGCACAACAAAUGCAAAUGUUAAUCUUACUUAUCAAUUAUUCAAAAAUAAUGUUCUUAUUGCUAACACAAGCUAUUAUGUUAUUUAUAAUAUUCAAAGAACAGAUUCAGGUCAAUAUAACUGCACCUCAAGUUCAUCUGGAAAUCAAUUUUCUAAGACCUUUUUUCAAGAUGUUAAUGUGUUGUAUCAAGACACUCCAUCAUUCACAAAUCUAGAUCCAAAUCCUGUUGAAGGCACAAAUGUUACAUUGAACUGCACAACAAAUGCAAAUGUUAAUCUUACUUAUCAAAUAUUUAAAAAUAAUGUUUCUAUUGCUAACACAAGUUAUUAUGUUAUUCAAAAUAUUCAAAGAACAGAUUCAGGUCAAUAUAGCUGCAUGUCUAGUUCUUCUAGAACUCAAGUUUCUAAGACCUUUUUCCAAGAAGUUAAAGUUUUAUAUCAAGACACUCCAUCAUUCACAAAUCUAGAUCCAAAUCCUGUUGAAGGCACAAAUGUUACAUUGAACUGCACAACAAAUGCAAAUGUUAAUCUUACUUAUCAAAUAUUUAAAAAUAAUGUUUCUUUUUUUAACGCAAGCUAUUAUGUUGUUCAAAAUAUUCAAAGAACAGAUUCAGGUCAAUAUAGCUGCAUGUCUAGUUCUUCUAGAACUCAAGUUUCUAAGACCUUUUUCCAAGAAGUUAAAGUUUUAUGUUUAACAUUCGGAGUUGAGCCAAAUUUAUCGCACAUAAAAACUGGAACGUCAUUUAAUUUAACCUGUGUGACUGAAGGAAAUGCCACUUGGAUGUUGAAUGGUAAUAUCAUUUAUCCAGAAUUAAAUACUAAUUAUUACUUCAAAAAUAAUGUAUCAGUGAAUGACUCUGGAUCAUAUAGCUGCUCAGAUGGUAAUAGUUCUGUAACAAUCAACAUCACUGUAUUAGAUGCAUUACCAAAGCCUCAGUUAAUUCUGAAUAACAUACCUGUUUGGUCAGGUUCCAACAUUUCUGGUAUAUGUAAUUUUUCUCUUAUUUCUAAAAAUGUUUUUUAUAAGUUUUAUUGCAAUAAUGAAACUGAGGAAAGUGAAAGUAGUCUUAACGAGUUUAAUUUGUCAAACUUAUCAUCUGAAAACUCUGGAGAUUACUCGUGUUCUGCGUCAAUAAAUGGAUUUGAACCAACAUUUUCUGAUCCUGUAAAUGUUAUAGUACAAAUAUUGGUUACUGUUCAAAAUCAAACAUAUCAAGAAAAUGUUGAUGCUAAUAUGACAUGUGUUACUCCUAGUUCUGAGAAGAUUUCAAAUUAUAACUGGUUUUUUGAAAACAAACUUCGUUAUUCAAGUAAUACAUCCAAUACUUUAACAAUCAAAAAUGUAUCUAGAACUGAUGCUGGCAAUUAUCUAUGUCAAAUAAUAACAAGUGAAAGUGUGACUGCUAAUAGUACUGGAAACUUAGAUGUGCUAUAUCAAGAUCCUCCAUUUUUCACAAAUCUAGAUCCUAAUCCUGUUGAAGGCACAAAUGUUACAUUGAACUGCACAACAAAUGCAAAUGUUAAUCUUACUUAUCAAAUAUUCAAAAAUAAUGUUCUUAUUGCUAACACAAGCUAUUAUAUUAUUCAUAAUAUUCAAAGAACAGGUUCAGGUCAAUAUAACUGCACCUCAAGUUCAUCUGGAAAUCAAUUUUCUAAGACCACUGUUCAAGAUGUUAAUGUUUUAUAUCAAGAUCCUCCAUCUUUCAUAAAUCUAGAUCCAAAUCCUGUUGAAGGCAUAAAUGUUACAUUGAACUGCACUGCAAAUGCCUCUGUAAAUCUUAUUUAUCAAAUAUUUAAAAAUAAUGUUUCUAUUGUUAACGCAAGCUAUUAUGUUAUUCAAAAUAUUAAAAGAACAGAUUCAGGUCAAUAUAGCUGCACAUCUAAUUCCUCUAGAACUCAAGUUUCUGAGACCUUUUUUCAAGACGUUAAUGUUUUAUAUCAAGACACCCCAUUUUUCACGAAUCUAGAUCCGAAUCCUGUUGAAGGCACAAAUGUUACAUUCAACUGCACAACAAAUGCAAAUGUUAAUCUCACUUAUCAAAUAUUUAAAAGUAAUGUUUCUAUUGCUAACACAAGCUAUUAUGUUUUUCCAAAUAUUCAAAGAACAGAUUCAGUUCAAUAUAGCUGCACAUCUAGUUCUUCUAGAACUCAAGUUUCUAAGACCUUUUUUCAAGACAUUAAAGUUUUAUAUCCUCCUAAUGCACUGUAUUUUUCUAAUAAUAUAUCAAAUGUUGUUAAUGUCAAAAUAACACAAAACUUUACUGUUCAAUGCUGUACAACUGAUCUUGGUUUACCGAACGCAAAUCUAAGUUGGUAUAGUGAAGGAAAAGAAAAUUUGAAUACAAUUUUAUCCAAUAAUUGUAUUUCCCUCAGUAUUGUGCAGAUAUCACGAAAUUCUAGCGGUAGAUACACUUGUUAUGCAAACAGUUCUUUAAAUGUUGCAAAUAAAUCAAUGGACUUGACAGUUCAAGAAGUUCCUGAUUCACCUAUACUUUUAGCAAAUAUUACAACAUUUAUGUCUAUUUGGUUACAAUGGUUGUCUCAGUUCACUGGAAACGAUCCAAUUAUAAAUUAUACACUUUCAUAUCAGAUAAAUGGCUCUUUGAUAACUCCACAUAUAAUUUCACUAAAAGAUACUAUGUAUAAUAUUACUGGAUUAAAUGCAUUUUCUAUAUACAGAAUAGAUAUCAAAGCUGUUAAUAGUAUUGGAGAAAGUCAAAGUACUACAAUUUACAUUCAAACAAAUGAAACAGUUCCAAACAAUGUUAAAAAUUUUUCUUGGAUUGCUUCAGAAAGAUCAGGUUUGGUUAUAUGGGAUCCGCCUGAUCAUAUUUAUGGUGAAUUAAAAGGUUACACGGUAAGCUAUAAAAAACCUGAUGAUUCAAAUUUCAUAUAUAGUAGUGGAUGUAGCCAAAUAAAGACACGUGAAUGCAAUAUUAGUAAUUUAACUCCAUACACAAAAUAUGAAAUUCGAAUUAUGGUAGAAAAUAAACAGUUUUCAAACUACAGUGUAAAUUUUGGAAUAACAUCAACUGCUGCACCUCCACCUUUUAAUGAUCCUUUGCCUGAAGUUCUUAACAGUGAUAUUACGAAAAACUCAUUCAAAAUACGUCUUGUUAGUUUUUCUAACAUUUAUGGACCUAUUAGAAAUUACAAUAUUGUUGUUAGAAAGUUACCAAGUAGUUCUUUGCCCUCAACAAGUUCAAAUAGCUACUCAGAUGCUGAUAUAUCAAGCUACAAGGAUGGUUUGUAUCUAGCAGGAACUGUUACAGGAAACGCUACAGAGUUUGUUGUUGGUUCAGGGGUAACAUCUAAACGUAAAAGGAAGUCUUCAAUUGCUCAAAAUCCAGCACUUGAUUCAGGAACAUAUUACACUGUCUUCAUACGAGGCUAUAUGUCUGUAUUUCUAAUUUUAGCUCAAAAUCCAGCACUUGAUUCAGGAACAUAUUACACUGUCUUCAUACGAGGCUAUGUGUCUGAUGAUAAGUAUCAGACAACCAAUUAUUAUCCUCCAGUGAAAACACAGGCAAAUACAAAUGCAAUAAGCCCAGGAAUCAUUGCUGCUAUAGUAGUGCCGAUUGGUUGUGCUAUUAUAAUUAUUUUUCUUGUUAUAUUGUUCAUUUGUUGUAGAAGAAAAAAUGUAGAAAAGAUACCUAAUGAAUCACCUACGUUGAAACCAAUCAAGACAAUUUCUCCUAUUGGAAUAGAUCGUUAUGAACCUAUUGCUCCUAAGAACUUUGAAGAUCAUGUAAACCGGUUAAAAGCAAAUGGUAACUAUGGUUUCUCACAAGAGUAUGGAAUGAUUAAUCGUGAUCUCGCUUAUUCGUAUAGCUGCUCUCGUCUUCAAGAAAACAAUAUAAAGAAUCGAUAUCAUAAUGUACCAGCUUAUGAUACUACUCGAGUUGUACUUCAUGUCAUUGAUAAUGAUCCAUCAAGUGAUUAUAUAAAUGCUAACUACGUAGAAGGAUUUGAAAGUGAUUAUGAAUAUAUUGCUACACAAGGUCCUUUACCUGAGACUGUAUUUGAUUUUUGGAGAAUGGUAUGGGAAACAGAUUCAAUGACUAUUGUGAUGUUAACUCGUUUGGAGGAAAAAGGUCGCGUUAAAUGUGCGCAAUACUGGCCUGAGACUGGAUGCUUGUCAGUAAAAGAUAUUGUGAUUACUACAACAGAGAUUAAUGAGUUUUCAGAUCAUGUUAUUCGAACAUUUCAUGUAACACGCACUGGUCAAGCUGUUGAACGGCUUGUCAAACAGUUUCAUUUUACUGCAUGGCCAGAUUUUGGUGUGCCAAAUGAUCCAUCAACCUUGCUGUCAUUUAUAAGAAAAGUCAACAAAUGGAAGGAAAAUAACAUAGUUCAGCGUGCGAUUGUCCAUUGCUCUGCUGGUGUUGGUCGCACUGGUACCUAUAUAACAAUUGAUACCCAAAUAAAACAGAUUAAAAAAAAGCAAGAAAUUUCCAUAUAUGCCAACGUUUCUCGCAUAAGAGAGCAGCGUUGUCUUCUUGUUCAAACAGAAGAUCAAUAUAUCUUCAUUCAUAAUGUACUGCUGGAUUACAUUGAUUCGGGUGAAACAGAAAUUGAAGCAUCAGAACUCAGAGAUUAUUUUAGAAAGUCUCAAGUUAGUGAAUCAGGUAUGACUGAACUAAUGUCAGAAUUCAUUCGACUUGCAAAGUCUGAGAAGAAGGAUCAAUUUAAUGCUGCAAACCGACCAAUCAAUCAAGCAAAAAAUCGCUUUAAAAAUAUAUACCCAUAUGAUGAUACCAGAGUAAAACUAACUCAAAAGCCAGGUGUAGAUGGAAGUGACUAUAUAAAUGCAAACCAUGUUGAUAGUUAUGCCUGCAAGGAUUUUUUUAUUGCCACACAAGCACCGUUAGAAUCAACUGUUGGUGAUUUUUGGAGGAUGGUCUGGGAACAAAAGUGUGGAGCCAUUGUAAUGAUAUCUAAAGAAAAAGAAGGUGGCCAGAUAAAAGUUCAUCCCUAUUGGCCGACAAAAAUUUCAUUAAAAAUUGAAUGUUUUAUUAUUGAAUUGACUACAGAAACUACUUAUGGGGAUUAUAUAGUACGAGAAUUGAAGUUAACAAAUACAGAUGCUGGAAAAUCUUAUGAUUUGAAGCAUUUUCAAUUUACAACAUGGCCUGAAACUGGUUCUCCUGAAUCUGGUAUUGGCAUGAUUGAGCUAAUUGGGCAGGUUCAGAGAUGGAACAUUGCAACAAGUAAUAAAUGCACUGUUGUACAUUGCAGUGCUGGAGUUGGUAGAACUGGUGUUUUUAUUGCAUUGACGAACUUGAUUGAACGAGUUAAAGUCGAGGGAUUGGUCGAUGUAUUCCAAACUGUAAAAAAAUUAAGAUAUCAACGAACAGCCAUGGUCCAAACAAAGGAUCAAUAUGAAUUUUGCUACAGAGCUUUACAAGAGUAUUUGGAUUCCUUUGAUCUUUACGCCAACUUCAGAUAAAUUUUCUUUUCUUAUGUAUAUAUAUAUAUUUAUUUAUUUAAUUUAAAAAAGGCGAGAUUUCAAUUCUGUUUUAUUUAUUCUUAUGUUUUAUAUUAUUAUUGUUCUUAUUUAUUUCGAUGAUUCUGGUUUAUCGUAUUUUCUAUUUUUUCGUCUAUAUUCUAAAAUUUC